UUCAGAAUGCGGUAUUCGAUAGCAGCCGGCCUCCUGGCCUCAGGGGCCGCGGCAUUCAGCGACUCGUCGCCCUUCUUGAUGUACUCAACAUCAAAGCUCUCCGUCCCUUCAGAGCCCUCGCAGCUCCAGUCUACCGCCUCCGUCCUCUCAACAGCCCAUGCCCUUCUCUCCACAUGCCCGACAUCCCUCUACCUUCUGCUCACGCAUCCAAACGCCCACGCUUCGGACCUGCGGGACCCGGCCACGGGCGCCUGCUUGGCCCUGAACCUCUGCGGCCGCACCUCUGCUGUAGUCAACAGCAGCAAGGUCGCCACCUCCCACUACGGUGUCGCCGAGGUGGUCGGGCCGGAGAUCUCCGCGACCGACCUGCAAGCCUAUAUUGAGGGUGCUUGUUCCGAGCAGGGCAAGGGAGACUUAGCUGCUGUCGUAGUGAAGCAGCUCGACGGACUGCCUUUGCACGAUGAGCUGCUGGACAACCAAGAGCAGAUUCGGAGGGGCGUGCCGGGAGAUGACUAUACUGUGAUCUACUUCGCGAGCCCGCAUGAGCCGCCAAGGAGGUACGAGGCGGAGUUUGGCGAGGCCGGCGGUGCGGAGAUGCCGCUGGAGCUGAGGAAGAGGGAGUGGGAGGUGAGAGCGGCGGACGGUGGGAACACCGUUGGGUCGGCGCCGCUGUUUGUGAAGUAUCAGUUCUUCACGCCUGGUAUCUUCAUGGGCUUCGUGGCCGUUUUCCUCAUGCUGGCUAUGCUUUACGUUGGUCUCAACGCCGUGGCGAGUCUACAGGUUUCGUAUGGCGCUUUCGAUAAGGAGAUGGGCCCUGCUGCCCAGAAGAAGACUCAGUAAGCUCACAAGACAGGACAAACCUUGGUGUGUGGUGUGAUAAAGGAGUGGUGGCCGCGCCGGUGUGAUGUGGCAAGCAAGGCUUGGUGUAGGUUUCGUGCAUGUGUACCAUACAUAUAUUGGGAGUUUGGCUGGGUCACUGCGUGGCUUGUUUGGUAUUUCAGCAGAGAUGCAAUGGAUUUGGUAUUUUUAUGUUGUAGGUGGUAGUGUCAAUACAAUUCCAGACACGACAGUGACGUGUGUUGAAGCAAAA